AUGGCUACGUCGGCUUGCGACGCCAGCGGCUGUGGCAUUGAGAGGCCCGUCGGCGCUAUGGUCACCUCCGUGUUUGAGAGGUCCGUGGGAGCGCUGAACGCCAGGGGCCUCAACGCCAAGGCGCUUGCCUUCUGGGGCAGGGCGGGCGCCUUUGCGUGGCUUGUACUGCUGCUGUGUUGCAAGGUCGGGUACCGCGCCAUGGUAGACAUGCACGUUGCCGGCGAGCAGGAGCUGUGCGACGCUGCGGGCCUCGAGCCAGACUCGGCGGAGUGCGCCGAGGCCCGCAUGUUUCGCAGCUGGCAGGCCAACGCCGCUGCGGAGGAGCUGCUCGACUUCCGCAGCCUGCUCCUGGACAGCGUCGCGCCGGCGCUGGAGCCCGGCCUCGGCACCGCGGCGCAGGGCGGUCCCAGCGCCCUCGCGCAGCCUGCGCGCCCGCCGGCGAAGCCUGGCCAGCGUGCCCCGCCUGCGGCAGCCCCCGCCCAGCCCGCGCCCGCUCUGGCGGCCGCCGCUGCUGGCCCGCCAGCGGUCCUGGCAGCCCCGCCUGCUGCAGAGGCGGCGCUGGCGCCGGCGGUGGAGCAGCCGACUGCGGCGCCCGAUGCCAGCCGCCCGGGCCCCGGCAUCACGCGGCAGCGGGAGGGCACCUACGUCGAGUCCGAGCGGUACGCGGGGGGGCAGCCCCGGCGGGUGCUGCGGGAGAUCGCGGAGGCCAUGUGCGCGCUGUGCCAAGGGCCCGAGAGGAGCGGGAUGCGGGAGUGCGAGGAGUUCCGGGGCGUGGCCUCCUGCGUGGAGGCAGGCGAGGCAGGCCUGCUGGACGGCUCGGUGGGGGAGCUCGCCGCGCUGCGGGCGGACGCGCCUCAGCAGGCGGGCGACGCCCUGGGUAUCGAGGCCCCGGAGGCGGCGAGGCGCGCGGGGCCUGUGCGGCGCGCGGCGUCGUCGACCAGCGGGCCGCCGCGGCUGCGCGGAGGGGCCCCGGGCGCCGGCUAUGCCGCGGAGGUGAGCACAGAGGAGGCGGAGAGCGUGGGCCCCGCGGCGUGGGCGCGCGCCAGCGCCGAGGGGCAGCUCCCGAAGGUCGCGUGCGUGACCGCGGUGCCCGAUGACCCGGAGGCACUCCGAAGCCUCAACAUCACCGUGGACAGCUUUACUGCGCAGAGCUACGAGGGCGAGAAGCGCGUCUCCAAAGUCGGUGCUCAACCGGGCACAGCCAGCGCCGCCGUGGCCCAGGGCAGCCAGGCGCGCGGCAGCGCAGCCGUCGCGUUCGGAACAGACGACCUGGGCUUGUCGUUCUACCAGAACCCGCCCAACGUGGAGGUGAGCGUUCGGGAGUUUGAGGAGCUCACGCGUGACAGGCUCAAGGUGCUGCACGUCUUCGACCGCGCGUGCGGUUACGACACUCGGCUAGAUGCCGUUGGGGAGCUCAAGAGCAAGGUCAGCAAAGAGCUCAGCGAGACGCGCCUGUCCUUGAACUACCCAAAGGCCACCGCUGGGGACGCGUUUCUCGAGCAGAAGGCGGACUUCAUGCGGCGGGACGCGAUUUCGCACUACGCCCUCAGGCUGGCCUUCUGCAAGACGCGCGAGGCGCGCGACUGGCUGGUCAUGCAGGAGCAGCGCCUCUUCGUGCUCCGCUUCGAGGCGCUGCGGCCCGAGGCGCAGGAGGCGUGCCUCCCGGGGUUCGGCCUCGAGUGCAAGAAGGUCGACCCGCUCGCGAAGACGCGGGGGGACAAGGAGGAGGGCACACAACUCCCCGACGUCGUGCUCUCUUACAGCGUGGACCCUCGGACGUCUGGAUCCCUUCCCCAGGGGAAUCUGCUGGACUUCCUGCAGCAGGCCACGCCCGGGGGCAGGAUCUGGCGCGAGGCGGGGGCCCCGCCGCUGCUCGACCCCAACUUCUACGAGAUGCACUUCACGGACGUGAGCCCCAACCUGAUCUCGAGCCGGAGGGUGGUGCUCCAGGACGGCAGGGCAUACGUGCCGAGCAGCGCGCUGAAGGUGAUCCUGGCCAAGAAGUUCAAGGAGGCGCUGCUGGCCGGCCUGGACAUGGCUUGCGUGCUGCAGCCUCCGUCCUUCCUGCCGCCACUGCCUCCUUCCCUCAAAGGUCAGAGGCAGUGA